UAUUGCACGGCGUGUGCAGGAAAAUGGGCUACCAAAUACCACUCGUUUUAGCCUGGAUUUUCACUAUUUCGGUGAAAUUUUGCACUGCAGAUAUAGAUGCCAACUGCCGGCUACCCCUAGGUAUGGAGUCAGGAGCCAUUCUUGAUGGUCAGAUUUCAGCGACAUCAUGGAUUCAUGUUCUUGAAGGCCCAAGGUAUGCCAGACUACACAACAGAGAUGGUGGUGGAGGGUGGACAGCGGGCACCAGUGACCUAGAGCAGUAUCUUACCAUCGACCUAGGGAGCGUUGCAGAGGUUACCGGUGUGGCCACGCAGGGUCGAUACAACACAGACAACUACGUUCAGGAAUACAGGGUGAUGCUAAGCACAAACGGCAAGGAUUGGACAACUUAUAGUGACGAUCAAGUGAACGAUAAGAUGUUUGAAGGCAACACAGACGGCAACCUCGCCAAGAAGAAUGAGUUUACGAGGAACAUUGAAGCCCGGUACGUCCGCUUCAACCCCACCUUGUUCAUCGGAGCGCCCGCAAUGCGCGUGGAGGUUUAUGGGUGUCUUAAGGAUACCGCCUCCUUCGAUGGGAAUACCUACAUCAAAUACGACGUCAGUAACCCGGAUAAUCACAUCCAAUCCUACGACGGGUUGUUCCAAGCGCGCAUCAGGACGACACAACCGGACGGAGUCCUGCUGGCGGGGGUCAGUAAACAGUCGGACUACCUCUUCAUCCAGAUGAAGGGAGGCAAGAUCCUAGUGAGCAUUAAUCUCGGUGACAGUCCCAAUAUGCCGGAUUCUGGCAUGACAGAGUUAGAAGGCGGAAGUCUUCUGGAUGACAACCAGUGGCAUCUCAUCGAGUACAAACGCCAAAGGCAGACUGUGGAACUUAUUGUUGAUGGGGUGGCCGUAGCAACCAGAACCAACGGGCUGUUCUCUCGACUAGACCUGGACAAAAUGGUGACCAUCGGCGGAGCUCCCAUGCAGCACAAGGGUCUCGUUGUCAGACAGUACUUCAGGGGCUGUAUGCAGCAUGCCCUUCUCAGUAACAGCGUGCUCCCGUCGAGCCUAGGCACUGCCCUCAACUUUAUCAUGAGCACGACGGACAAGACGAUGACCACAAUCAGCGUGGAGGGAAAUCUGGUAUACUCCUGCAGCGGGGACACGACUGUACCAGCUACAUUCCCCACUAAGAGCUCGUACUUAAAGUGGAGGGGCCCUAAUAGUAUCCAAAACUACACCAUCUCCUUGAAGUUCCGUACUUUUGGUGCGGACGGUCUGUUCAUCAGCAACCCACAAGAGUCUGUCAGUGGAGGCUACAUCAACGUUGGACUAAUUGACGGAACGCCGUUUGUCGUCAUGAAGACCGGGUCAAACCCGGCAACAUCACUACCAGGAGAGGGUUCUGAUCUGAAUGAUGGGAAGUGGCACAGCAUCCGGCUAGAGAUGACCAACAACAUCUUCAAGUGGACUGUGGACGGAGAAACGGGAAUCAUUCAACGAGACUUCUCCCUGCGCACCGGUGAAGACUACUUCAUAGGCGGAGCCAGUGACAGCUCACAGACGGGAGACAUGCCAGGUUUCCGUGGUUGCAUGAAAGACGUGUACCUGGGCAACACCAAGGUUGACUUUAUGUCUGUCCUGACAGGCACCAUGCCAUCCGGCGCAAUCAACGAAGGGGUGGAUAUUGACACGUGUAGUCUGGUAGACUGGUGCUCACCCAACCCUUGUGCUAACGGUGGUACAUGUGAGACUGACUGGGAUACGUUUACGUGUAAAUGUAUCGGGACUGGCUAUACAGGCACCACAUGCUCAGUCUCUCAGCAUGGAAGCUUCUGCCAGUACGAAGGAACAAUGAGCAUAGACCCAGACGGUAGUGGACCGAUUCCUCCAGUCAUGGUAGAUUGUGAAAAACAAGAUGAUGAGAUCUUCACCCUCAUCCACCAUGACUCAGAAGACAGGGGAGACGUCCCUCCAGGUAGCGUUGCUCCGGGCUCUUACUCGAAAGAUAUCGCUUAUGAAGCAUCCCUUGAUCAGAUCAAUGCCAUCAUCCAUAUGGCGGAGUAUUGUGAACAGCAUAUUAAGUAUGAAUGCAACAGGGCUAAACUACUCAACUCACCGAAUGGCGACCCUUAUGGAUGGUGGGUGAGCCACAAUAACCAGAAGAUGGCCUACUGGGGCGGGGCUGCUCCCGGUACAGGAAAGUGUGAAUGUGGACUGUUUGAAACCUGCUACGACCAGAAGAAGUGGUGUAACUGCGACGCAGACAACGCCCCGAACAAAGUAGACGAGGGUCUACUGCGACACAAAGAGUUCCUCCCUGUGAAGCAGCUACGGUUUGGUGAUGUGGACAACAGCGGAGCGUCAGCGAAGUACACGCUGGGACCACUCAAAUGCAGAGGAAAUGCUUACACUCUAAACACGGUGACGUUCCGCACCCGCGAGGCCCACCUCCUGUUCCCCGUUGCCUCGCUGGACGCCAAGGCCAUGGUGGUGUCCCUGGAGUUUAAGACCACUCAGGACUCUGCAGUACUGGCCGCGGCCGAUGGCCGGGAUGAGACGUUUGUCAAGCUGGAGAUGAACACGCCCAAGAUGAUCCGCUUCACACUUGAUUACGGCGCUGGACUUAAAGAGGUGGACUACAACUUGUCAGCGGCAGUCAAUGACGACCAGUGGCAUCAUGUAAUGGUUACCUUGGAUACCAAAGAGGUGACGUUGGCUAUCGACGGUGGAGCCACGGAGACGGUUCAGUACAACAUGGGAAAGCUCAGACUCCGGUUGACUAGUGACUUUUUCAUUGGUUCCUCGACCCUCCAAUCCGAAGGAUUUCUCGGCUGCAUGCGUAGCCUCAUCGUCAACGGCCGUUUCAUCGACAUGGUGGCGGCGAGUAAAACCACACAGCAGGUCGUUGCUGGGUGCUCGGGCAAAUGUGACGACAAGCCGUGCCUGAAUGUCGGUAAAUGCAUCGAGACUUAUGAUGAGAUUACGUGCCAGUGUGAAAUGACGGCAUUCGAGGGGCAGUAUUGCUCUAAAGAAAUUGGCAGCCUGAUGGAGGGGCAGAGUGAGGUCGUUUAUGACGUUCCAGACGUCGAUGUCCAAGACUCCGAGAUGGAUGACAUCACACUGGCUUUCACCACCGAUGCUACCAGAGGGAGGCUGCUCAGAGUAGAGAGCAGCUCUAACGGCGUGUACCAGGAGCUGGCUCUUCAAAAUCCACAGGGUUUCGUGACGUACACCUACAAGCUUGGUGCAGGAGACCCAGAGAUCUUGACGAGUGAGCACAACUUUGCCGACGGUAGACACCAUUACGUGACAGUGAAACGCAACGGCAAUGAGGCAAUCUUAAAGGUGGACGACUAUGUGCCGAUCAGCAAGACGACCUCAGGAGUAGACACCACCUUCCAAGCAGUCAAACUCUACAUCGGUGGCCAAGAGAGCUCACAAUCCUUCAAGGGCUGCAUCUCACGAGUCAAAUUCAACGACAUCUACCCACUGAAGCGCUACUACUCCAAUUCACCCCCUGAUUACGUGACCAGUGCCGGGAGCAUGCAGAAGUCUCGUUGUAGGGUAGAGGAAGAAAUCCCCAACGCGGCGGUACCGGAGAUACCCGUACCACCGACCCAAGCCCCGGUCACUGGGGAUCCUAACCCUCUGCCUCCCGCUAAGCGAGCCCUUGCACCCGGGGAUCAGGCGGCUAUCGCUUUUGUGAUCAUCGUCCUGCUCAUCGCUCUGAUCGUCCUGGUGGUCCUGGUUGUCCGUCACCUUCACCAGCACAAGGGCAUGUACCGCACCAACGAGGCUAAGGGUUCGGACGACGCUGGCGAUGCGGACACGGCAGUCAUGAUGACUGGUGCCAAGCAACUAAAACCAGACAAGAAGAAAGAAUGGUACAUUUAACCCCAGCCCGAUUCCACUUUCGUUUUUUUAAUUUUUUUUAACCGUAGUUAUUUAUUCUUCUUAAUUCGUUUUCACAAGAUUCACCAUGUAUUUUCUCUUGUAUCCUUUUUAAAAAAAAACACCCAUGAUUUUUGUAAUGUUUUUUGUGUUAUCUGAGACUGAUUUUUAAAACUUCAAACUGUUUUACUGUUUUUAAUUUUUAUAGAAUCGGGGACAAAGAUUAAAGCAAUUCUUAAAAUACAAGUCUUUCUGUAUGAUUGGUAAGAUAGCGGUAGUUCUGGUCAAGAAUCUGCCGUACGUAUUUGCAGGGCUUUUAUACAGUCUUAGAGCUGCUAAGCAGAAAGUUUUGGCUAAGUAGUAAAGUUAGGUAUAGAUGGACAAUGCUGGGCCCAAUUUCAUACGGCUGUUCAGUAGAAAGUAUUGCUUCAGCAAGAAGUAGUUUGUAACCAUUCACAAUAGUGUGAUAACACCAGGCAUGGAUGGCUAGUGUGUGAAGUGCUCACCUCUCACCAGAAGUGGCCCUGGUUCGAUGCCUUGCUGAGGCCAUAUGUGAAUAGAGCUGUGCCUUGGUCUUCUCCUUUGCCACAUGGGUUUUUUCUCAGAGCCCUCUGAUUGUGCAUCCUCUGGAAAAUCAAACUGUAUUGAUCGCUGAUUGUGUUCCAUGGUCAUGUGUGGGUUGAUGUGGCUGGCUGCCAAGGGCGCCCUUCGCAUGCCUGCAUCUCAAACUUGUUGUAGCCAGGUCUUUCACAAUUAAGUCUUCAGAUCCAAGCAAGGAUGAUCAGCCUUCCAAAUUAUUUUUAUUUAAUUUUGGAAAGGGAGCUUAAUUUUCUGCUGAGAAAGAUAUUCCAGCGCUUAGCAAAGUUUUUGCUUACCUUUGUGCUUAGCUAAUUCUGUCGCUUAAGCAGCUCUCUCAAAUGGGGCCCCUGGUCAGUAAGGAUAAUUUUGGGAUGGUAACAGAGUGAUACAUCAUUUUAUUCCAGCAAGUUGUUUUCCUGCUAAGCAGUUUUGUAAUAAAUGAGCUUCCGGAAGUUUUCCAUUGAACAGGCUUAAUAAUGAAAAGCAUUCUUGAAAAGUGGUUGGCACUUGAGGGCAGGCCCAAUUUCACAAAAUUCACUAAGCAUAUUAGCAGGGAGCUAAUUAUGAGUAAUAUACAUUACACGGUAUAUUGGCUGGUAGACUGCUUCUGCUCAGCAAGAAUAUUCUGUGCUAAGCAACUUUCUGCUUAACAGCAAUAUGGAAUUAGACCAUGGUCAAUGUACAUUAAACUUUUACAACUUAUCUGGAACCAUAGAAGAGGGGAAAUGUAAACUUUUUUUCAAAACUUAAAAAAAAAAAAAGAUUAGUGCCUAAAUUGGACAAUUUUAAAUAACUUUUAACCCAUAUCUGCUUGACAGGUUACAGUACAUAAAAACACUGCUCCUGACAAAACCGAUGUAACUCUUAUUGCUCCAUUACAAUUAAAGGAUUGUUAAUUGGUUUUACCCAUACACCGAUGUGUGUUAGCACUGUAUACUCCGUACUUUCCUGAUUCCUGUGAAAAAAUAUC